UAUCCAUUUACUCUUGGAGAGAUAAUGUCCCUGACUUACUCAUCGUUUCAAGGUUAGAUAACAAGAUAAAAUCGGUAAAAACCUCUGUGUACAGAGUAGCGUCCCUUUGUGGAAACAGACGGCCUGCACGUGUUGUUGGGACAAUUACGACAGGAGCCACAGCCUUUGACGGUCGACCUUUUUGCCUCUUGGCCUUAACUUACAGUCAAGCUUAUAAAUAAGAAUGUCCUCUGCUAAAGUGUUACUUAUUGGAAGUGGGGGGCGAGAAUCUGCUCUAGCCUGGAAACUUGCACAGUCUGCAAAUGUUGAGGCAGUGUAUGUUGCCCCUGGAAAUGCAGGAACUAAUGAUGGAAGAAAAAUGAUUAACGUUGAUUUAAAUCUAAAGGACUUUGAUUCAGUGUCUAACUGGUGCAAAGAGCAUUCAGUAUCGUUAGUUGUUGUUGGACCAGAAGACCCACUAGCAGAAGGCAUUGCUGAUCAUCUGUCUAAAAAAGGUAUUGGAUGUUUUGGGCCAUCUGCUUCCGCAGCAGAGAUUGAAUCCAGCAAAGACUUUGCCAAACAGUUUAUGUUGCGCCAUGGAAUUCCUACAGCUCGAUUCCAAUCUUUUACAAAUGCAGAUGAAGCCUGCCAGCAUAUCAUGAGUGCUGACUAUGCAGCCCUUGUGGUUAAAGCUAGUGGGCUAGCUGCAGGUAAAGGCGUUGUUGUGGCAACUACACGAGAAGAAGCCUGCCAAGCUGCACGGUCCAUGUUGGCUGACAAGAUCUUUGGUACUGCAGGGGACACAGUUGUAGUGGAGGAACUCUUGCAGGGGGAGGAAGUUUCAAUACUUGCAUUUACGGAUGGUGAAUCAGUAGCCAUGAUGCCACCUGCCCAGGAUCAUAAACGUCUGGGUGUUGGAGACACUGGCCCCAACACAGGGGGGAUGGGUGCUUACUGCCCAUACCCCAAGAUUAGUGAUGCAGAAUUGCAGUUUGUAAAGGACAAAAUCCUGCAAAGAACCGUAGAUGGUAUGAAAAAAGAAGGACGAAAAUAUAUAGGUGUCCUGUAUGCAGGAAUCAUGCUAACAAGAGAAGGGCCAAAUGUGCUAGAAUUCAACUGCCGGUUUGGUGACCCAGAGACACAGUCUCUUAUGCCAUUGCUGUCGUCAGACCUGUAUCUGACAUGUAAAGCAUGCGUAGAGGGACGGCUAAAAGAAUUCCUGCCUGAGUUUGAUGAGCAUCAAACUACACUUGGCGUGGUCCUGGUCAGUGGUGGAUACCCAGGUUCUUAUAAAAAAGAUCUUGAAAUAACAGGAAUAUCAGAAGCUGAGGCACAUGGCCUAAUUGUGUUUCAUGCUGGCACAAAAAUGAAAGAUAGGAAGAUUGUCACAAAUGGUGGCCGAGUUCUUGCUGUGGUUGCAGUGGACACUGACUUGUUUACAGCCUCUGAGCGUGCUCAGAAAGGUGCAGCACAGAUCCAUUUCGAUGGGGUCUUUUACAGAACAGACAUUGGCUUCAGGGUUCUUCACAGCAGCAAGACACGAAGGGACAGCACUUUUAGUUACAUAAGUGCUGGAGUUGACAUUGCUGCUGGAAAUGAGCUUGUCGAAAACAUCAAACCUCUGUCAAAAUCAACACAUCGCAAAGGUUGCAUUUCUGAACUUGGCAUGUUUGGGGCCUUGUUUGACAUGAAGGCUUUAGGAUACCAAGAUCCCAUCUUAGUGUCAGGAACGGAUGGUGUUGGAACAAAACUCAAAGUUGCACAUGCUGUUGGAAAGCAUGAUACAAUAGGCAUUGACUUAGUUGCCAUGUGCGUGAAUGAUAUUUUGGCACAUGGAGCAGAACCUCUGUUUUUUCUUGACUACUUUGCCACUGGCAAGUUGCACGUAGGGUUGACAACAGAUGUUGUUCGUGGCAUUACAGAAGGUUGUAAGCAGGCUGGUUGUGCUCUUGUAGGUGGAGAGACAGCAGAAAUGCCAGGAAUGUAUGCUGGUGAAGAUUACGACAUUGCUGGCUUUGCAGUUGGGGCAGUGGAGCGUAGCAAGAUGUUACCAAGAAUGCAGGAUAUUCGUGUUGAUGAUGUUGUCAUUGGUUUGGCCUCAAGUGGCCUUCACAGUAAUGGUUAUAGUCUGGUUCGGAGACUAAUUGAAAAGAAGGAACUGCGAUAUGACAUGCCUUCACCGUUCAAGACUGGCAACACUUUAGGUGUUGAUCUUUUGACUCCUACAAAGAUAUAUGUAAACUCCUUAUUGCCACUGAUGAGAGAAGGAAAGGUGAAAGCCUUUGCACACAUCACUGGAGGUGGGCUUCUGGAAAACCUUCCAAGGGUGCUCCCUGAACACUUAGAGAUCCGCCUGGAUGCCAAGUCUUGGGUCAUGCCACCUGUUUUUGGUUGGCUUUCAGAAAUAGGCAAUAUUAGCGAAAAAGAAAUGGCAAGAACUUUCAAUUGUGGCAUUGGUGCAGUUCUUGUCAUCAACAAAUCUGAUCUUCAACUAGUGUUGGAUCGACUUGCUGAAAGUGGUGAAAAAGCCUCUGUCAUUGGAGUGGUGGAGCAAAAAUCAGGUCUGGAUCAAGUGAGAAUUAAACAUUUGAAGGCUGCACUGGCCCAGUCUUGGAAGAAAGUGCCAGGUGUAACAAGAAAGAAGAGGGUUGCUGUCCUGAUAUCUGGUACAGGAACUAAUCUUCAAGCUCUAAUUGACCAUACCAAAAAUCCAGCAAAUAAUAGUGCAGCAGAAAUUGUGUUGGUACUUUCCAAUAAACCUGAUGUUCAGGGCUUAUAUCGUGCACAGCAGGCAGGCAUAAGUACAAAGGUAAUAAACCACAAAAACUACAAGACGAGAGAGGAGUUUGAUGCUGCUCUUCAUGAAUCUCUGCUGGCUGGCGGAAUAGAGAUUGUUUGUCUUGCUGGCUUUAUGCGUAUUUUGACAGGUGGGUUUGUAUCAAAGUGGAAAGGAAAAAUGCUGAACAUUCACCCCUCACUUUUGCCAUCCUUCAAAGGAGCCCAUGCACACAAGCUGGUGUUAGAGGCUGGUGUACGCGUAACAGGCUGUACAGUACAUUUUGUAUCUGAGGAAGUUGAUGCAGGUGCAAUCAUUGUGCAAGAGCCGGUGCCUGUCUAUCCUGGUGAGACGGAGGAAUCACUUUCAGAGAGAGUCAAGACAGUAGAGCGCAAAGCCUAUCCUGCUGCACUUGAGCUUCUGGCAAGUGAACGAAUUCAACUGCAAGAGAAUGGAAAACUUCUCUGGAAAUGAUUGCAGAGAGGAUGAAAGUGCUUUUUCCAGACUCAUAAUUGGAGGACUUAUUAUGUUCCUGAAAAUAUGUAAUUCCAAGUUUUAUAAGGUUUUUUUUUUUUUUUUUUUGGUUUUGUUUCUGGUGAUGCUGUAAACAUUUGCAAGAGAAAGGUAGAAGCUGCAGCAUAAUGCAACCAUAAACAGGCAGGCUUUUGCAAACAUGGCAGUUUUCUUGUUUCUCAUUUGCUGACAUAUCCGUUUUGCUUCUAGCGUUUUGAUAUUUGGUGUACAACUGAUUGGAUAUCAAUAUUAUAAAAUAUUUGAAUCUACAUUUUCCAUGCCAGGGUUUUUUCCAUUAAAAUUUUUAAAUACUUCGUUGUUCAUUAUGGAGCAAUAUUGUUUCACAUUUAAUAGUAAAAUGCUGAUAUGUGUGCCUUUAUGGUUUACAUUAUUUAAAGAUAUGACAUUUGUGAGACAAUGCUGCUUUGGAACAAAAGUGUUGUACUGUUAAAAAAAAAAAUGCUCAAGUUCUGUCACGUUAAAGGAGUACCAAUGAUCAGUUCACUGCAACGUCUUGCUUAGGGAGUAUCAAACUAGGUUAAUCUUUUGUGUAAUAGUUGAAGAAUUCGGCCACAUACUAUUUUUUAUGGGAAAAACAAUGAAGUAAUGUUUAUGAUGGAUUAUAGAUAUAUCAAGACAUUCUAGCAACGUAAGACAAAAGAUACUUUUUCAGAUGAUGUUGCUGAUAUUGAAUGAAUGUGUAAAAGUGGAAGAAUGUUUAAUUGCAACCAGUUGACCUGAAGAAUGACCUUUAAAAAUAAAAUGUAAUCAGGUUUUACAACAUGAAAGUAUCCUGUAGUGUAUAAAUUUGUCUACAUGUAUUGUUGAA